AAUCCUCCCUCCCGCUGCACUUGGAGCUUGAAAGUCCGUGUCCUUAACAACCGGGGAAAAGAAGAAGAGAAAAACAGAGCAGAGAAACAAUAGAAGAGAAUUUUUAGGAAAAAGAAAGAGAGAAAUCGAAGGAAAUAGCAAAGAAAUCUAGUGAAGUCAGCUAAGCUCGAGGGGAAGUUGGAGCUCUACUUGGUCUUUUUCUUUUAUUUGGGGGGAAUCAAAAUAUAUGGGUUCACAACAUGAAUUGCCAGCUGAUAGAAGUUAUAGCAAGCCUCUUGGAAUUCGAUUCUUUGAAUACAUUAAGAAAGCGAAGCUUUCCUAUGAAAGUCAUCAAGCCAUUGUCUUGAUCGUAACAUUUUUCGCAUACGCUAGCUAUCAUGCGACGAGGAAAACCACCAGCAUUGUCAAGAGUGCCCUUGAUCCCCAAUCAUCAGAUGUAGGCUUGAAGUUCCCAUGGAGGAUAACAUACCUUAGUGCUCCAGCUGAAAGCAAAGGACUUUCAUGGGUUCUAGGAGAUGGUUGGGCGCCCUUUAAUGGAUCUGAUGGGACGGCCUUGCUUGGUCAACUUGAUGUGGCCUUUCUUUCAGUAUAUGCUUUAGGAAUGUACUUCUCUGGACACAUGGGUGAUAGAAUGAACCUAAGGAUCUUUCUGACAGUGGGAAUGGUUGGAACUGGCUUGUUUACUUCACUAUUUGGUGCUGGGUAUUGGGCUAAAAUCCAUAGCUUUUAUUACUACCUGAUAGUGCAAAUGAUUGCUGGGUUAUUUCAAUCGACGGGAUGGCCUUCGGUUGUUGCAGUAGUUGGUAAAUGGUUUGGGAAGAAAAAGAGAGGGCUGAUUAUGGGUAUAUGGAAUGCUCACACAUCUGUUGGCAACAUUACUGGUUCUCUGAUUGCUUCAGCACUAUUGAGCUAUGGAUGGGGUUGGUCCUUUGUUGUACCAGGUCUGCUUAUUGCUUUCAUGGGCUUGGUGGUUUUCUUUUUUCUGCCUGUUAGUCCCGAAUCAGUCGGUGCUUAUAGAGAAGAAGAUGAAGUGGAUUCACUUAGGAAGAGCGAAGAGGAAGAGGGAGUUACGGAGCCUCUAUUGGGCUCAAAUACGGAGCUCAAGGAAAAAGCUGUAGGGUUCAUUGAGGCUUGGAAAAUUCCUGGGGUUGCUCCUUUUGCUUUCUGCCUCUUCUUUGCCAAAUUGGUCGCUUACACAUUUCUCUAUUGGCUUCCAUACUACAUUAGCCAUACAGCGAUUGAGGGUAAAUAUUUAUCCAAUGAGGCGGCUGGAAACUUGUCGACAUUUUUUGAUAUUGGAGGGGUGGUUGGAGGAAUCUUAGCUGGACACAUUUCUGAUCGUCUAGAUGCGAGAGCCAUAACUGCGGCAACUUUUAUGUAUUGUGCUAUCCCUGCUCUGUAUUUCUACCGUAGUUACGGACACGUUUCCGUGGUGAUGAAUGUAGCUCUCAUGUUCAUCUGCGGAAUGUUCGUAAAUGGCCCCUAUGCUCUUAUAACAACUGCUGUCUCGGCAGACCUGGGAACACACAGUUCAUUAAAAGGGAGCUCCAAGGCAUUGGCAACGGUAACAGCAAUUAUAGAUGGAACAGGCUCUGUUGGUGCUGCAAUCGGACCAUUAUUAACUGGUUACAUCUCUGCCGAGAGCUGGAGCGCGGUUUUCACAAUGCUCAUGGGAGCAGCACUAGUUGCAGGGCUACUGUUGACAAGGCUUGUAGUGGCCGAGGUGGCAGCUAGGAUUUCCGAAUCAAGGUCACAAGGAGGAUCACAAACAGGAUCUGAAGCUCCAGAACUGGAUGUAUGAUUGAUUUUGUAGGGGCAACAUAAGCUCCACCUGUAUAAAUAGUGUGUGAUUUUCAUAUUUUUCUUUGCUGUAGUUAUAAAAUGAAGAGAGGAAAAGCUUUCUUUAUGACUUGGCAAGGAGAAGAUUUUUUUAGCCUUCUCCAUGAUUCUAGUUAUGAUUACCAUGGAGUUUUUAUUUUUAUUUUUUAUUAUAGGAAUUAUUUGGAGGGAGAAGUUGGAGUAAAAGAAAAUAGAAGAGUAAUGAGAGAGGAUUUUCUCUGCCAAUCUGUAUGUACAUUCUGUAUGUUACACUAUAUUAAUUGAUGAAGGCAUCAUUCAAUGCUGUUGCUUAUUAAAAA